GGAAGGGAGAAGCAAAAGCGCCGCCGUGUCACCGAGAGUGCCUGGCGAAAAAUGAGACAAUCAGUCAUCUGACGACUGAGCCCCCCCCUUGCUUGACAAUGCCUUCAAGUUCCCUCCUGCAUGCACUGUCCCCGACGCCAUCGGCGGAGAGCUACAACCCGUCUGAGAGUCUGUUCGCCACGUACCUGUCGGGCGGUCUGCUGGGCGUUGCGGUUGCGAGUCCGUCUCAGCAGGUGGACCGUCUGCUCUACUGGCGGUGGUACUGCAGCUCAGGGGAGCUGCAGCACCUGGACUUCAUCUGGCUGACCGCUGAACAUGCCAGGGAAAAAGUCACCUGCCUGGUACAAAGCAACGCAAGCAACAGAGGGAGGGAGGGAGGCAGAAGCCUUAAGUACUUACUGAGUGAGUGAUUGCCUGUCUGUCUGUCAGGGCUGGACGGAGGUCGUCCCAGGCAUCCAUCACCUCAUUGUCGGCUUCGGCAGGUCCGUCCGUGUGGUGCAUGUGCCUCUGAAUGAAGAUCAUUCAAUCCACUCAUUCAUUCCACUCGUGUGUUUUGUGUGUUGUGUGGCUUUCCUUUCUUCCUUGAUCAGCGGCCGCGUGUCGCUGUACACACACAAGGGCGCCCUCUGCCUCUCAGCGAUAUGGCACCCGCUGCCCGUCAUCGCCAUACGCAGCACAAGGGGCGCCAGAAAUGUCGGUAGCAGCGACGGCAGCCCCACCAGCAGCAGCAUGAUGCACGGACGGCAGCCUGUGCAGCACCCCCACGCCACUGAUGACAGCACGCGGAGUGCGAGCAGCAGCGGCAUGGACACCUCAAUGAGCCCUGCGCUGUGUGCUGUGCUCAUCCUGUACGCGGACCACACACUGGUGAGAUUAGAUAUCUACGCAGCCAACACGGGAGCCCAGCCUAAAGGCACAACUAACACCGCCAUUGAAUUGAUGUGUCUUUGUUUGUUUGUUUGUUUGUCAGGUGCACACAUCCAACGAGGCGCUUCGUCGCGAGGUGUAUUCGGCCCGUCCCAACUCGUCUGCCAUCUCUCUGGAGGAGCCACCAUCACCCCCCCUCCCCUCCGAGCCCACACCGCCCCCCUCUUCACGCCGGCUCCCAUCCCCCACACGCACUGACGACGACACUGCUGGCGUGGCCGUCAGGGACUUCAGAAAAGUCAAGUAGGUAGCGACGAUGAAUAAAUGGCUCACGCUCGCCAUGACGCUCACCGUGCUCUCUGUCUGUUUGGUGUGUCUAUCUGUCAGGCUGGAGGAUCGCGGCGAGACCUCUGAUGUGACGGUGUUGGCACUCACUGGCCGUGCGCUGCCCUCUACCGACCUGUCAGCCAUCGACAUGGCGUACGACGCCAUCCAGAGGGCCCACAGGGACGGGCGGAGAAGCAGCGUGGCUGGCGCUGGAGGUGGUGGUGUGGAGGGCUACAAGCCUAUCAUGGCCUAUGUGGCGGCGGGGUCGGACCCUUAUCUAUCGCUGCAUCUGAGGCAGCCACAGGUAUUCAUUCAUGUGUGUCAACACACGAGGCCAUGCAAGCGCUGCGCACGUGUUGCUUGAUGGAUGGAUGGAUUACAUGCAAUGCCUGCAGGAGGGCAGCUCGCCGACCAGCCGCACACUCGUGGGUUCGGCCACAUCGGCCGCGUCAGCCGUCCUGUCGGCGGCUGCCUCAUGGAUCGUCGGCGGGGCCGUCGCCCGCAAGGCUUCGCCAAGCGGCACGCCCAGCCACACGCCGGCAUCCCUUCCGCCUGACGCCACUCUAUCCUCCAAGAUCGCCGGGGAGCCGACGACUACUCCCUCUGUGAGAGGCGACAAAGAUGACUGCCGCCCGCCUCUGCCGACCGCACCACCAGGUGGUUUGCCUUGCGGGGAUGGGAUAGGUCGGGCGUGGCGUCUUGGUGUGCGUGUUGGUUUGUUUGUGACUGUCGUGUGUGGUGCUUUUGCAAAUAUUGCAGAUGAGAGUUUGGGUCAGUGCCGCGAGUUUGCUGAUCCGACCCGACGCGGGACGACCAUGUUGCCGGCCCCCUGGAACCCCACGAUUGCCGCAGUAACCGACACAUUCGGACGGGUGAGUGGGGUUUAUGUAUGGUGGGGACAGACAGGACACCACGAGGCACCCCCUGUGGCCGUGUGUGUGUGUGUGUGUGUGUGUGCAGGUGGUGUUGGUGCAUCUGAGUUCGCUCCAGUUCCUGCACAUAUGGAAGGGCUACCGCGACGCCCAAGUGGCGUGGGGCUGGACAGCACAGCAAACCCGGCGGUGCCUGGUGCUGUAUGCGCCGCGGCGGGGGCUUUUAGAGAUAUGGGACGGGCGGCGGCUGGAGCGUCUGGCUGCCGAGCAUGUGGGGGAGGGGGGUCGGCUGCUGGGGGAGGGGGAGGGGAUAUUGCUCGUCAUGCCGCACAAGGACAGGCAGAUGCAUGUCGUGCAGAUUCCCGAAUGAAUGAAUGAGUGAAUGAACGAAUGGCUAAUAAAUGAGCCAGCCGAUGACUCGACUCGACUCUUGAUGUCUGUCAAGUGUAUCUCUUCGUGUCGUGAGUGAGCCGACACGAGGGAGGACGA